AUGUCUAUCGUUAUUCCCGGAGACCAAUUUACGCUGGAGACAGGAUCCGAACUUGUUCUGGGCCCCAACUUGCAGACCAGCGGUAACGUUGCCAGCCCAACGACCGCAGGAUACCUCGUGCAGACGCAGGCCGGCUCGUCCUCGCUGGCUUAUGUGGAGGCUGAUUCCAGAAGAUAUAUGCCUGCUGCGCAGGAUUUCGUUGUUGGCACCAUUGUGGGUUCUUUCGGAGAGUUUUAUAGAGUCUCGCUCACAAAUUUCUCAACGCCAGCUGUGCUAGGCUUUUAUGCGUUUCCUAAUGCAAGUAAGAAGAAUAGGCCAAGACUGAAGACUGGAGACCUUGUUUACGCACGCGUGGCAUCUGUCGAUCCCGAUCUUGACGUGGAGCUGGAGUGUUUUGACGCAACAACGGGCAAAGAAGGCGGAUUUGGCCAUCUGGAAGGGGGUUUUCUAUUUGAAGUGCGAUUGGCUUACGCCAGAUACUUACUAAGACACCAGGACGCUCCAGUGUUGACCAAACUGAUGAAAAAAUACCAAUUUGAACUCGCCAUUGGUGCGAACGGCAGAAUUUGGAUCAAGUCAGACACUCUACAAAACACCAUCGAAUGUGUGAAAGCCAUUCAAAGAGCCCAGACAGAGAAACAAUCUUAA